GAGAUUUUCGCGGAAAUGGCGGCGACGGUGGUGGUGGUGGCGCCGCUCGCCGUGGUCGGCGCGCCGGAGUCCGUCCGGCGCUUCGGGGCACGGCCGCUCCUCCGCCGCGCGCCGCGGGGAGUCUCCUGCGCGCUUCGCCGGAGGCCCUCCAAGUACAAGAAUAAAAUCCAGAAUGAAGAGGUUGUAGCAGAGGAUGACAUUGACAGUGCUGGUGAAGACGAUGAUGAUGCGCUGGAAGCACUUUUCAAGCAGUUGGAAGAAGAUCUUAAGAAUGAUGAUUUAUCUGUUGAGGACGACGAUGAAGGAAUAUCGGAAGAGGAUAUGGCAAGGUUUGAGCAAGAGUUGGCAGAAGCAAUUGGGGAUAUUGGUGAUGUUAAUGAAUCCGCAGGGGGUUCAUUUUCAGGCUCUGAAAGUUAUGGGAAUGAUGAACAAACUGAUGAAACCGAACGACCAGAGCUGAAAAACUGGCAACUCAAGAGGCUGGCUCGUGCUUUGAAAAUAGGUCGCCGUAAAACUAGUAUAAAGAAUCUUGCAGGGGAGCUAGGCCUGGAUAGGACUCUGGUCAUUGAAUUGCUCCGUAAUCCACCUCCAAAACUUCUAUUAAUGUCUGAUUCUUUGCCUGAGGAAGACCCUUCUAAACCUGAAAUCAAGGAAAUAGAGCCCUCUCCAGUAGUUCAUGCUGGUGAUGUCACUGAAACCAAGCCACAUGCGGAACUUCCCAUUCAUGUCAAGUGUGCUGAAUGGUCUGCACAGAAAAGAUUAAAAAAGGUGCAGCUGGAGACAUUAGAAAGAGUCUACUCCCGAACAAAACGCCCCACAAAUACAAUGAUCAGCAGCAUAGUACAAGUGACAAACCUUCCACGGAAGACAAUUGUUAAGUGGUUCGAGGAUAAAAGGGAACAGGAUGGGGUACCUGACCAUCGACUUGCAUUCAAGAGAUCUGUACCUGAGACCAUAACUAGUUGAUAAUUACUUCAGAUAAGCAUGUAUGAUGCUUUCCUCUUUGAACUAUUUGGAAAGUGUAAAUUUGAAAUUUUGAAGUAGAAGAAAAUUUUCAAGCCCAACGUGGAUUAUAUUUGAAUAAGUUUCACAUUAGGCUAUAUAUUUUGGCCAAAGUUUCGUAAUGUACUAGGGCUAAACCAAAGAUUUUACUUAACACUAGAUAUCUUUACAAUACUUUGCUAUUUGAACUAGGACUAAGGCAAUAUGUGAGAGAACUUCACUUAUAUAAAAAGGCAAAAUAUUGUAUGUUUUCUUCAUUCUUUUUAGUGUGAGUGGUAUCUAAUCAACUAAUUUUAUUUAUAUUUCAUUUAUGAGUAAAUUGCACGUUGGGCUACGUUUUAUUACCCGGUUUCACUUUGGAUCUCCCUUAAACAUAUCUUUUCACUUUGAACCUGAUAGAUUUACUAUUGUUGUAGUGUGGACC